AUGAGCACAGAGAAAGUCCAACCUUCAUCUAACCCAAAUAGUCCAAGCUGCCCAAGUACUUCAAUUGUUGCUGCUUUGGAUAAAGACGACAUUUGGGGGGUUAUAGAUAAAAAACUCAUGGAGAGCAGUGGUCACCAAACUCCAUACACUUCUGCAGCUAUGAUGGUUAAACAAUAUAUUGAAUUACCAUAUCUUGACAGAAAAUGCGAUCCACUUCAGUUUUGGAAUGACAAAAAAUAUUUAUUUCCGCAGUUGUCCGAAAUUGCCCAAAAGUAUUUAUGUAUACCAGCAUCGUCAGUCCCUUCAGAACGCUUAUUUUCAAAAGCUGGGAUUUUGUGCAAUGAUAGAAGAAACCGUCUAGCACCAAAAAAGAUUGACCAAAUUUUAUUUCUCAACAGUAUUCCAUAA